GCACGUUUCCCAGCCGGGCGGUUGACGUAGGAGCGCCGGGACGGCAGGCGCACGCGCAGAGCCGGGCGUCGGCUACUUGUCCCGCGUCACGGGGCGGUGAAGAGAAGGGAAGCGGAUGGAGCCCGGGAGCGGUCCAGAGGAUGGGUCGGAGGUGGCGCGGGAAGACGGAGAGCCCGAGGUGAAGAAGCGGCGACUUCUGUGUGUGGAGUUUGCUUCGGUCGCGAGUUGCGACGCCGCCGUGGCUCAGUGCUACUUAGCCGAGAACGACUGGGAGAUGGAAAGAGCGCUGAACUCCUACUUCGAGCCACCGCUGGUGGAGAGCGCCUCGGAAAGCCACCGUGAGACCCCCUCCGAGCCCGAGACGUGUGUUGACCUAACCAAUGAAGAAACAACUGAUUCCAGUACUUCUAAAAUCAGCUCUUCUGAAAAUACUCAGCAAGAAAAUGGCAGCAUGUUCUCUUUCAUUACCUGGAAUAUUGAUGGAUUGGAUCUAAACAAUCUGCAAGAGAGGGCUCGAGGGGUGUGUUCUUAUUUAGCUUUGUACAGCCCAGAUGUGGUAUUUCUACAGGAAGUUAUACCCCCAUAUUAUAGUUACCUAAAGAAGAGAACAAGUAAUUAUGAGAUUAUUACAGGUCAUGAAGAAGGAUAUUUCACAGCCAUAAUGUUGAAGAAAUCAAGAAUGAAACUAAAAAGCCAAGAGAUUAUUCCUUUUCCAGAUACCAAAAUGAUGAGAAACCUUUUGUGUGUGCAUGUGAGUGUGUCGGGUAAUGAACUUUGCCUUAUGACUUCCCAUUUGGAGAGCACCAGAGGGCAUGCAAAGGAACGAAUGAAUCAGUUAAAAAUGGUUUUGAAGAAGAUGCAAGAGGCACCAGACUCUGCUACAGUUAUAUUUGCUGGAGAUACAAAUUUAAGGGAUCAAGAAGUUACCAAAUGUGGUGGUUUACCCAAUGACAUUUUGGAUGUCUGGGAGUUUUUGGGCAAACCUAAGCAUUGCCAGUAUACAUGGGAUACACAAAUGAACUCUAAUCUUGGAAUAACUGCUACUUGUAAACUUCGUUUUGAUAGAAUAUUUUUCAGAGCAGCAGCAGAAGAGGGCCACAUUAUUCCCCGAAGUUUGGACCUCCUUGGGUUGGAAAAACUGGACUGUGGUAGAUUUCCUAGUGAUCACUGGGGUCUUCUGUGCAACUUAGAUGUAAUAUUGUGAAAUGCUUUUCAAAUACAAAUUUUAAAUGUUCUGA